CUUCUCUCUCUGCAAAUCUGUCACAAGUCACGUAAACAAAGCACCCUGCCUCGCCACCCCUCUCAAUACACUCCUACACAUGGCUGAAGCUCUCACUCUCAACCCAAUGUCAUUCCGUCCAAACCCUUCUCCUCCUCUCAAGCAACGAGACAGAUCUGGCUCACGCGACUCAAACUCUUCCUCAGAACGUCUCGCACGUCCACAACAGACUUUCCGCAGCAUUAGCGGCAGCUGGGGCGUAUCGGGCGUUGGUCGCGGUUUCGACUGGAGGUGGGACCACGACAGAGAGGACGACGCGAACGUGGUAGAAGACGACGAGCAAUCCUCGUCUGCAUCCAAAUCCCCUGUUUCAGAGACCGCAGUCCUAGGGGUCAAGGACAUCGACAUAUCACCACCCUCGACCUCUCCUCGUUCUCUCCCACCCAUCGAAACAUCUCAUCUGCCUGACCAGGAACCCAGCAUACGUACCGCCGACACCAUCACCCCUGGUUCGAUCACCGCUACCCCUACCUCCCCUGGCAUACGCCCAUCUCGUCGUGCCCCUUCUCGGCGCAUAUCCCUCAUCUCCGGGCGACACAUGCCCCCGCCCUCCGAUCUUAACCCAGAAGAGCUCCCGCCAGUCUCCCCACGCAUCAGCCUAUCCCGGACCAACUCCACCGCCUCCCUCGCUCUCUCGGUCAUGAUGCCACUCUCUCGCCGCAAUUCUGAUGCAGAGUAUCUCAUGAACGACCAAGAUCCGCGCACACCUCUCGAGAAGCAAGAGAUCACUUAUUCUCCAAUAUACACACCCUUUAACAACAAAUCACCUGUCCUCACUCGCAACGCAUCUGUUUCUUCUACAUUCUCCGCACGCUCAGCAUCAGCCCCCUCUGUGGCUUCUGAGUAUGAUGACGACUCUUACGACGACGAAGCUGCCCUCGCCGGUUUUGGGAUCGAGGCUGACGCCGGUAGAGGCGCAUAUGGCUUGGUGAAGAGGGCUCGACGAGUAGAUGCCAACGGUCUGCCGUUCGGGCCGCCUCUCAUCAUCAAAUACGUGAUCAAGUCUCGCAUCCUUGCCGAUUCUUGGAAGCGGCAUCGUCAAUAUGGAACAAUCCCAAUCGAGAUCUAUGUACUUUUAUUCCUCACUAAUGUCCCUAACCUCCUCAUCCCUCGACCAUGGCAUCCGAGUCGGAAGGAAUUCCCUCCGGACCUCACCAGGGAACCGGUACAACAACGCGGGCAUGACAACAUCGGCAAGCUCCUAGAAUUCUGGGAAGAUGCUCACUACUAUUAUUUGGUCAUGCCGUUCGAAGAACCGGGAACCGACUUGUUCGAUUUAGUAGAGGCAAAUCCGGCGGGUUUGUCUCCGUAUGAUGUUCGCAGUCUGUUCGGCCAAAUAGCAGAUGGGGUCGAAUUCCUUCAUUCCAAAGGCAUCAUUCAUCGGGACCUAAAGGACGAAAACGUUGUUCUGGGUCCGAAUGGCACCUGUUACCUUAUCGAUUUUGGUAGCUGUGCAAGCGGUUGGCGAGAAGGGAAGUACUGGGAUACAUUCAGUGGAACUCUUGAUUAUGCGGGCCCCGAGAUACUCCGAGGAGAGCGAUACACAGGCAAGCCGCAAGAUGUCUAUGCGCUUGGUGUUAUUGGCUACGUGCUGCUAGUCGGCGAAUGCCCAUACGCCACGGCCACCGAGGCACAGGCAGGUCUGGCACCGGGUAGCAAGGCAGCAGCAGCCCUGGAGGCGCGCUGUGGACCAGGAUUUGAGGAAGGUCAUCGGGAUGUGGAGGCAGGUCGUGAAGGAGAAGAGAACGAUGGGGGAGGAACAUUAGAAGAUGCUGGGGACCUGGUGCGGAGGUGUUUGUCCAUCGAUGUGGAUGACCGACCGCAGGCGUCUCGCAUCCUCGAGCAUCGUUUCCUCGCUGGAAGGAAAGGCUGGGUCGGAAAGGAGAAAGUGUUAUAGCGAGACCUCGGAUGACUGAAGAUAUGUGAUAAUUAUCCUCUUUUCUUUCAACCAUGUUCUGUGUACGCUCAAGACUGCGUGCAAGUGAAAAUUACUGCUAUUCCCCGUGCUGUUGUAGCACUAGACAGUAGACUAUCCGCAUUACUGUAGAUCUAUCUUUCAAGAUAUGUAAAACAUGACUCUAUGUCAUGGGCCAAUAGCAAAGCAGUUCA